AAACAGAGAUUUGAUCAAAUACUCAUCGCUCAUCGGAUUAGAAAAGAUAAGAGAUAUGAUACAGUAGUAGUAAGGUAAAGGCAAAGGUCGGUUAAAACUUUGGAUUAAGUAACGAACAAGCCAAAUCCUUCUUCUUUCCUAUUAAGGGAGUCGGAACACAAACCCUAAACACCCCUACAACAACCUUGCUCCGUCGUCACCGAUUUCACCGGCGAACAUGAAACGAAUCGUUAGGAUUUCAUUCACUGACCUUGAAGCUACCGAUUCUUCAAGCAGCGAAGACGAAUCAUCGCCUCCUCCUCCGUCUAAGCGUCGUGGUAAGAAGCUAGUCAGGGAGAUCGUCCUCGAUCCUCCCGAUUCCGCCGAUGCCGGGAAAAAAACUCGUUUUAAAAUCAGGAUUCCGGCGAUGUUUCUCGCCGCGAAGAAGACGAUUGAGAAUAAGAAGAAGUUCCGUGGCGUGAGGCAGAGACCGUGGGGGAAGUGGGCGGCUGAGAUCAGGUGUGGUAGAAGAGCUCACGACGGCGGCGGUGGUGGUGGUGGGAAUCGUAAAGGAGGAAGACCUGAACGUAUUUGGCUAGGGACUUUUGAAACAGCUGAGGAAGCUGCUCUUGCUUAUGAUAACGCUGCGAUUCAGCUUCUUGGACCUGAUGCGCCUACUAAUUUUGGCCGUCCUGAUGUUGAUGAAGAUUCCCCGGCGGUGGAGAAAGAUUCCGAUGCUGGCUCCUCUGACAAGACACCUGAGUCUUCUGUGGUUUAACUUUGUAAAUUGAUCAUCUUUCUAUCUUUUUUUUUUUAACUUCCAACUUCAUCUUGUACAUGUUUGGGAUUCUAAAAGCUCUAACUUUUCAUUCCAGAUUCUUGUUCUUUUGUUUUUUUUUUGAGAAUUGUAUAUUGUGAUCUGGUUGAUUUGGUCUCUGA